CAACCGAAAACGAGGAAAACGAUAACAACUAAGAAAAGAAAUGAAAGUACAAAAAUUAUGACAAAGACCCGUAGGAGAGGAUGCUAGAGAAAAGUUUAAAGUCCAUUGAAAAAACAAUGCAUGCAUAAGUCCAUACUUGACACUUCUGUGUCGACUCAGUGAGUGUCUGUGUGACAGUUGACUUAAACAUUGCUGAUCAUGGCCGUCCCUGUUCCUUCUCGUCAGCUCUUCAUCGCGGGCGAAUGGAGAGAACCACUUCUGGAGAAACGGAUCCCAAUCAUCAACCCCGCCACUGAAGAGAUUGUAGGGGACAUGGCAGCUGCUACUGCUGAAGAUGUGGAUAUGGCAGUGGAUGCUGCUCGCACGGCGUUCUUCAGAAAUGAAGGGAAGGAUUGGUCCUCUGCUUCUGGUGCUUAUCGUGCGAAGUUUCUUCGUGCCAUUUCUGACAUGGUAUAUAUUAAUCUCAUGAUCAUAAUUGUUAAGAUACAGAGCAGCUCCGCAAUUUUUUUUUUUCUUGACCUUCUUCUUCUUCCUAUUUCCAUGCAGAUUUUGGAGAGAAAGUCUCUACUGGCCAAACUUGAAACAAUCGACACUGGCAAGCCACUAGAUGAAGCAAUAUCUGAUAUGGAAAGUUGUGCUUCUUGCUUCAAGUAUUAUGCAGAGCUUGCAGAAGCACUGGAUUUGAAGCAAAAAAUUACUGUGUCUAUACAGCAGCAGUCAUUCAAGACCCAUGUCCUUAAGGAACCCAUUGGAGUUGUUGCCCUUAUUACUCCUUGGAACUACCCUCUUUUGAUGGCUACCUGGAAGGUCGCUCCUGCUCUGGCCGCCGGAUGUACUGCUAUACUCAAGCCAUCCGAAUUGGCAUCUGUGACUUGUUUGGAGUUGGCAGAGAUUUGCAGACAGGUGGAUCUUCCUUCUGGCGUCCUUAAUGUUGUGACUGGGUUAGGCUCAGCAGCUGGUGCCCCUAUGUCAACUCAUCGUCAUGUUGACAAGAUAGCAUUUACUGGAAGCACAGCAACAGGAAUUAAGGUCAUGACAGCUGCAGCUCAAUUGAUCAAGCCUGUAUCAUUGGAACUUGGUGGAAAGAGUCCAAUUCUUGUGUUUGAGGAUGCAGACCUUGAUACUGCUGCAGAAUGGACUAUCUUUGGCUGCUUUUUUACAAAUGGUCAAAUCUGUAGUGCAACAUCUCGUCUUCUUGUUCAUGAAAGCAUUGCGGCUGAAUUCUUGGAAAAACUUGUUGACUGGAGUAAGAACAUCAAAAUCUCUGAUCCCAUGGAAGAAGGUUGCAGGCUUGGUGCCAUUAUAAGUGAAGGACAGUAUGAGAAGAUCAUGAGUUUCAUUUCAACAGCCAAGAGCGAAGGUGCAACCAUUCUAUAUGGAGGUGCCCGUCCUCAACAUCUUAAGAAAGGGUUUUUCAUUGAACCAACAAUCAUAACAGAUGUUAGCACCUCAAUGUCAAUUUGGAGGGAGGAGAUUUUCGGACCGGUUUUAUGUGUCAAAACAUUCACUACGGAGAAUGAAGCCAUCGAACUAGCAAACGACACUGACUAUGGCUUGGGGGCUGCUGUGAUUUCAAAGGAUUUGGAAAGGUGUGAACGCUUCACCAAGGCUGUGCAGUCAGGGAUUGUGUGGAUAAACUGCUCACAGCCCUGCUUCAAUGAAGCCCCCUGGGGAGGCAACAAGCGCAGUGGAAUUGGGCGUGAACUUGGAGAAUGGGGCCUGGAAAACUACUUGAGCAUAAAGCAGGUCACCCACUACACUUCUGAAAAGCCAUUGGGGUGGUAUUCUGCUCCCCGAAAACAGUGAAGAAGGGAAAAUUAGAAGAAGAAAAAAAGCGAACGCAGUGAAGAAGGAAAAAUAAAAUAUAAAUGUAAUAAAUGUAAGAAAACAAAAUGUAUAUUAUAACUACUAUAUUGGAUGCACUUGAUGUUGUAAACUUGAAAUGGUAAAUGGAUUGUAGCUCAAGUGAUGAUAAGUAUUUAUUCUGCAUCCGAGGUCUUAAGUUC